CACACUGCACCUGCACCUCCAGGUGCCAUGGCUAGCUUUCUUUUCUCCCUCCCGCUGUCAUCUGCCUCUAUCUUUCCAGGGUCCCUUCGCCCUCGCGCCGAUCGCUUCCACCCAUGAGAGUUCUUGAAGUUUGCAAAAACAUAUAUACUUUAGCUUCUAGUCACCGCUCGACGGUGGAACCGUGGAACCACAAUGCUGCCUUAACACAGUAGAAAAACAACACCUUGCACUUGCUAAAUUUGAGCAAAUACCCCUCUCCACUCCCCUUCCAUCUCCAUCGCACUCUCCACUCUGCACACCUCCUAGCCUUAUCAUGUUCUCAAAAUGGAAGGCCCGCGAGAUCGAGAAUGCCCCUCCCGCGUCCACCGACGCGUCACUAGAUGAGAAAGACGCAUACCUCCCAAAGAAUUGGAACUUGGGCAUCUUGAGCGACCGCCACACCGACGAAGUCCCGGGCUCGGUCAUCCUGCUCUCCAGCGCCCACAAGCGCAAUGAGCCACUAGGCCUACAACAUGCCCCGGCACGAAUAUCAACUUCCUCCCUCCCUUCACCUUACCCUCCGUUGCAGCGCAGCCACUCCCGCGGGUCCCGCCGUUCCUCCGUAUCGCGAGUUCCAGAGAAGAAGCGGACAAAGGACGGCAAGUUCAUUCUCGAGCCACAGCCAGACGAUUCCGCAAACGAUCCGUUGAAUUGGCCUACCUUACGCAGAGAUGUGGCUCUCCUGUCCCUAGGCUUCUACUGCAUGGUCGGGGGCGGAAUGACUCCAAUCCUGGCAGCCGGAUUCCAUGAGGUUGCACAUACCUAUCAUGUCUCGGUCCCUCAAGUCGCUUUGACUACGGGGCUAUACAUGAUGGGCCUUGGUCUCGGAAGUGUCGUAGCAUUGCCUACCGCAAUCCUAUGGGGCAAAAGACCCGUGUAUUUGGUUGCAAUUAUUGUUUUCUUGCUCUCAGCAAUCUGGUGUGCUCUCUCCCCCAGCUACCCGUCGCUCGUAAUUGCUCGCAUCGUCCAAGGCCUUGCGGUUUCGCCGGUCGAGUGCCUCCCAUCCGCAACUGUAGCUGAAAUCUUCUUCCUUCACGAAAGGGCAUAUCGAUUGGGAAUCUACACGUUGCUAUUGCUGGGAGGCAAGAACUUAAUCCCACUCGUCGCCGCUGCCAUUGUUCAAUCUCUAGGGUGGAGAUGGGUUUUCUGGAUCGUUGCUAUUGUCGUCGGAUUCUGCUUUGCACUGAUCUUCUUUUUCGUGCCCGAAACCUUUUGGGACCGCGCACCCCGGCCAAGAGGGAGGUCUCACACUCGAACGAGAAGCAAGAGCCCCGGAAAGCACCAACACCAUUUUCGACUGCCAUCUCUCCAAGGGCACGAGAAGAAGUCAGGCCACCCUACAAAUGGGAUUGAUGGGAGCCAUGUCCCAUUCACUCCUGAUGAGAGGCUCCCUAGAUCAAUCAGACAGCCUUAUAAGCCUACCAGGGUGGGAUUUGCUGAAGGACUGGGGCACGAUUCACCAAAUGAAAACUCUUUUCAGGGUCAGGCUGCUCGCAAUGACACUUCAACUUCCACAAAUGAACGUGAUGAAGUUUCUUCGCCGGAAACUCGCAGUUCGUGCCAGGUAUAUGCCGACAACAAUCAUGGUGAAGUUCAUCCGGGGACACCAAACCAAUCCGCAGGCUCCCAAGUCGAUCUCGAAAACCAGUCCACGAUUUUACCGGAUAAUAGAACGCUAGCAUCUCAAACGCCUUGUGAAGACACAGUCUCCGACAAAAUGUCAUUUGUUUACACAGACUUCUACCGCUCCGCCCCUCCCAAAUCCUACAUUCAAUCUUUGAAACCCCUGAACGGCCGUCUAACUAAGGACAAAUGGCAUCGGGUAAUGGUCCGGCCCUUCAUUCUGUUCGCCUAUCCAGCCGUUCUCUGGUCUUCCAUGGUAUAUGCUCUAGCUAUAGGAUGGCUCAUCGUUCUCUCUGAGUCCGUGUCAUCCAUCUAUGAGAAUCGCCAGUCGUACGAUUUCACUGCCCUCCAAGUCGGUCUCGUAUACGUCUCACCUUUCAUCGGCGGGGUCUUGGGGACUGCAGUUGCUGGCAAGAUUUCGGAUAUCAUUGUUCGCUUCAUGGCGCGCAAAAACGAUGGCAUUUACGAGCCCGAAUUUCGACUUGUCAUGGCUCUUCCAAUAGCAAUGAGCACCACCAUUGGACUCAUGGGCUUUGGGUGGAGCGCCGAAGAGAGGGAUCUCUGGAUCGUGCCAACAAUAUUCUUCGGAAUCAUUAGUUUCGGGUGCUCUCUCGCUUCGACGACGGCUAUCACUUUCGUAGUGGAUUCGUAUCGACAGUACGCCGGUGAAGCGCUGGUGACUCUUAAUUUCAGCAAGAAUAUAUUCCACGGGUUCAUAUUCUCGCUCUUCUUCACUCACUGGCUCGAAUCCUCCGGCUCCAAAAAGACUUUCCUGGCUGUGGGCGGUAUCCAGUUAGCCUGCAUGCUCUUCUCGAUUCCGAUGUAUAUUUACGGCAAGCGUGCGAGGAUGUGGACAGUCAGGAAGAAUCUGAUGGAGAAGUUUUAGUACUGAAUGUGCAUGCAUCUCUCAGCGUCCUUUUUACUCAAGCAUGUCUGUGGUUUUUUUGGGAUACCAUGUUCUCUAUAUAUUGGUUCCAUGGUAGUUAUAGAAUACGUUUUGGACCUAGCAUAGCUUCUAUUUAGAGCAUUAGAAUAGCACUGGCAUGUAU